AGUAUUGGUGUUUAAACAUCAACGACGGCGAUUCGUCGUUUCAAAACUUGUCGGCCUUCCAAAGCGCACGACAAUUGCUUUUUUCUUCAUAAAGCCGUGCAACUAGAAUCUCACCUAGUGUAUUUUUCGUUCGGAAAAAGAGGGCGUCGGCGUCUCUGCUUUGUUGUAUUUGAAAGGCCUUUUCUUGGUGUUCUCUCAGUGGGUUUCCCUUUUUUUGUCUGCAUUUUCACGACACGUGCUGACGACGAUGGCCGGAAUUAAUAGCCGCAGGGCCUCGGCUCAACGGCACGCUUUGCUCGAAAACCUGCAGCGAAUCUACUUCAACAACCUGACCGCAGAGGAGCAGGAGGACUGUGUUCGGCAGCUGUACGAUGUCGACCUGCGCGCGUUAGAGGAGUGUCUUCUGCAGGUCACUCACGUGUGCAUCACCCAUCCCGACCCUGCUACCCAAGAGCUGCUGCACAACUUCAUGCUGUGGCUUGCGGGGCGUUCACUGCACAUCGCCUUCCGUUUAGCGUGGACAGUGGAUGCUGUGUCCGACUUCUACAGCACCACAGGACUCGCGGACAGACUGAAGCACAUCCACGACAAGCUGGAGAGCUACGCCAUUAACCAAGGACAGGCCCCCGUGCACCUUUCGAACAGCAGCGCCGUCGGUGGCAGUAUGCGCAGCUCAAACUCCCCCACGUCUCGCCACGGCUCCUUCGAAAACGAUGACGAGUUCAGCGAAGUGGACGCGAGCGCUGUGCAGCGCAAGGAGGUGCGUCUGAAGAUCUACAACGACGAGCGCACCUUUGUGACGACGCUGACGAACAUGAGCAACAUGCUUCGCUUUUUCCCCGAUCGCAACCGGCGCAAAGAUGAGCUACGGAAGCGGCUGCGUGUGCUGAACCAGCGCCUCGACUCGAUGCGCCUGGUCCACCCCAUCUGCAUGAGCGACGAGGCGGUGCAGUGGAUUGUGCACAUCGCCGUCGAGGAGUGCACCGUGUUCUCCUCACGUGAGCGGGCACCCUACCUCAUCCGCUACGAGGUCAUUGUGGACGACACGGCCACCAUGCGGGACCCGACGAUGACGCGGCUGCGGCUGCCCGACGGCCGUUUCCGCCUGCACCAGGACAGCGAUGCAGUUUUCGUGCCCACCGCGCCGCCGACGGACGCCACUGCGAGCGCGGCCGUCUCAGGAGUCUCGGCGCCUAUCUUGUCGCCGGGGCGGGACGGCGGCCUGGGUGGUGGUCUCGAGGAGCCGUCUCCAGACGCGUUGCAGUGUCUCCACACGGUGUUUGGCGAGAGCAAGGCGGAGCGCAUGGCCCGCGUCCGUCGGUCGUCGCCGUGGGGUGCGCACCCGAACUGGUCCAUGAACGCGAUGAUUGUGAAGGCCGGGGACGAUUUGCGGCAGGAGGAGCUGUCGCUGCAGCUCAUUUACGUCUUUCAGAGCAUUUGGCAGGAGGCGGGACUGACGUGCAGCGUGAGGCCGUACGUGGCCCUCCCCACCGACAGCGACUGUGGUCUCCUAGAGGUGGUGGACGACUCGUCGUCGAUCGACGGAAUUAAAAAGGCGCUCCGAGUGAGCAGCAUCUAUAACUUUUACCUCCAGGCCUAUGAUGGCGAGGAUUCCAUGCUGUACCGCAAGGCGCAGCAGAACUUCGUGGAGAGCAUGGCGGGCUACAGCAUUGUGUCCUACAUCCUGCAAAUUAAGGACCGACACAACGGCAACCUCAUGAUAUCGCGCAAGGGUGAUCUGGUGCACAUCGACUUCGGCUUCCUCUUCGUGACCUCGCCCGGUGGGCUGAAUUUCGAAUCCGCCCCGUUUAAGCUCUCUCAGGAGCUGAUUGACGUACUCGGUGGGGACUCCAGCGACUCCUUCAACUACUACCGCAUUCUUGUGUACCAGGGUCUGGCGGCAGCGCGCGAGCGGUCCGAAGACUUGCUCUCGUUUGUCUCUAUUUUGACCCCGUACAACGCAAUGCCGUGCUUUGGGGCGGACGCAGGCGCGGUGGUGGGGCAGCUGCGCGCGCGCUUUCGCGACGACCUCUUCUCGGAAGCUGACUACGCUGUCUACGCGAAGGAGCUGAUCGUGAACAGCGCUGACAACUGGCGCACGCGGCGGUACGACCAGUUCCAGAGCCUGCAGAACGGUAUUCUGUAG